CCAUGGAACUUAUCGAUAAGUCCGUUAAGCGUAAAUAAAAACAAAUUGUUUUUAUAUCAAAUUAAAAAUUAAGUUAGUUUAAAGCUUAAUAGUAAAUUUUUUAAGACGUAUUCUUUCUUUCUCGCAACUUUGGAAACCCUGGAAACAUGGAACUGCUGCAAGAUUCCGAUUGCUGUGGCAAUGGCUGUACCAACUGCAUCCUGGACAACAAGCCCCGGCCAAGCAACCGCGUCCUCCUGGCCGGCAAACGCAACGUGAUACUCAGCUACACGAAAUUCCGCCUGUUGCGGCGGGAAUCACUGGAAUCUGGUUCCGAUGAACAAGUGCUUCUCCUGCACUUUGUACAUGUAGCCGAGGAAGAAGAGCAAAAUCCUGACAAAGAGGAUUUUGUUCUGGACAUUCCGCCCGGACAUCAUGUUAUGCUGCGUGUGGGAUCCCUGUUGCGUCCCUAUUCACCCUAUUGGAGCGACUUUCUGGCCAAAGAGUUCCGGAUUCUGGUGAAACUCCAGCCAGAUGGUCCCAUGUCCCGGCACUUGGCUGACGUGCGGCCCGGCGAUCUGCUUGAGUUCCGGGGACCAAUCGGAAAUUACGUGCACGAUCCCCAGAAGGAAAAAUGCAUCUAUAUUAUUGCCCAGGGAGUUGCCAUUGCACCCACUUUGCCGCUGGUUCGUCAAGUGCUGGAAAACGAGGAAGACAUGAGUCGAGUGUGGCAUUUGGUGUGCGCUCGUAACCUCCAGCAUGUCUACUUCCGCGAGGAGUUGCUUGAGUUCGCCCAUUUUUGGAACUACAAGAGCUGUCUUUACCUGCCCCAUCACCAGUGUGACACUGCUGCUUGCCAGGAAGAGGGGCAUUGCGACCAGGAGUGCCCUAAUUUCCAGCGCAGUCUCCGCUACAAGGAGACGGCUAAGGUAUCGCGAUUGGAUGCUUCUAGCCUAGCCAGCCACAUCAAUUCUUCUGUUCCCGGAGAAAGGAUCCUUAUCGUAGCAGGAGAUUCUGGCUUCCAAAAGACAAUGGCUCAAUUAGCUACGGAAUCCCUAGCCGUGGAUCCGGCCAACGUUUAUUUGUUGUAAAUGCCAAGGGAAAUUGUAAGUGUCUGUUUGUUAUUUGUAAUAUUUAGAGAAUUAAUAACAUUCUAAGAUCCACUUUUAUAUUACUAAGUUUAGUUAGUAUUUGGCAAUGGUAAUUUAGUAUAAAACAAAGGUGUAUUUGUUAUAAAUUCAAUGACCAUUUUGAUAGAGUUUAAAGGAAAUUUUUGAAAUGGCUUUCUUUAAACUAACCAAAGAUUUUCUUUAACACUUUUUUAAACUUUAUAGGAAAACCAAAUAUAACUCAUAAUAGCUAGUUAAUACCUUUGUAAUACUAUUUUCCUUGUGGAUGACAUUUUAUUAAAAAAAAAAAAAUUUAUAUGUAUAUAUAAAAGAUCGUAAAUAUAUCUUUGCGUAAUACGUUUUGAAUAA